GCGGGGCUGUCCGUGACCCGGUUAGACGUACAACAAGUGAGACUCCUGUUUCCAUCGUUUCAGAUUGUUGGACGUCUCCGUCUCCAGUGGAAGCCACAAUGUCUGACUGCAGAAGGCAGUGGAACCGGGAGGAUGAGCUACCGGUCUACCUGGCGGGACCGAUCACCACCGGGCCGAACCAGAGGAAAAGCUACGGGAUGUUCAGCUCAGUGGAGGGGGCGUUUGAAAGCAAGACCAUAGACUUCGAUAACUACGCGGUGGGGAGGAAAGGGAGCCGCACCCCGAGAAGCGGGAGCCGGGAGAGGCUCUUGGACACUGGUGAUCCCAUCAGCAAGACGCCCAGAGAGGCCCGGGAGGGGUCACUGACCAACCCGCCCGGGGAGAGAGACGAAGGAAGUCCCGGUGUGGAGGUCAGAUAUUCAUCGGGGAGGGAAAGCACAAAUGGGAAGAGUGAAAGGCUGUUGAUCAAAGGAGGGCGGGUGGUCAAUGAUGAUCAGUCUCUCUAUGCAGAUGUCUACAUUGAGGAUGGGCUGAUCAAGCAGGUGGGGGAGAAUCUAGUUGUACCGGGGGAUGUCAAGGUGAUCGAGGCUAAUGGCCGCAUGGUGAUACCUGGGGGGAUAGAUGUCAACACCUGUCUGAUGAAGCCUUACCUGGACACACAGCCUGUUGAUGAUUUCCUCCAGGGCACCAAGGCUGCACUUGCUGGGGGCACCACCAUGAUCAUUGAUCAUGUGACCCCCCAGCCUGGGGACAGUCUGCUAGAGGCGUUUGAGUGCUGGCAGGAGGCUGCUGAUAAGAAGGCAUGUUGUGAUUACUCCCUGCACGUAGACAUCCCCCAGUGGAAUGAGACCGUUAAAGAUGAGUUGGAGCUGCUGGUGCACGAGAAAGGUAUCAACUCCUUCCAAGUGUACAUGGCUUAUAGGAAUGUGUACCAGAUGUCAGACUCUCAGUUGUAUGAGGCUUUCUCCUUCCUGAAGCAGCUGGGUGCUGUGGUGUUAGUUCAUGCUGAAAAUGGAGACCUGAUUGCUCAGGAACAGAGAAAAAUCCUCAAAAUGGGAAUCACCGGACCUGAAGGCCAUCCACUGAGCCGUCCUGAAGAGCUGGAGGCUGAGGCGGUGUUCCGUGCUAUCACUCUUGGUAAUCGUGUGAACUGUCCUGUCUACAUCACCAAGGUGAUGAGCAAGAGUGCAGCCGACACUAUCGCCCAGGCUCGGAGGAAAGGUUCUGUAGUUUUUGGGGAGCCAAUUACAGCUAGCCUGGCCACUGACGGCUCUCACUAUUGGAGCAAGAACUGGGCCAAAGCGGCUGCUUAUGUGACCUCUCCACCUUUGAGUCCUGACCCCACAACCCCAGACCACCUCCACACACUGCUGGCUUGUGGGGACCUCCAGGUGGUGGGCAGCGCUCACUGCACAUACAGCACUUCCCAGAAAGCAAUCGGUAAAGAUGACUUCACCCUGAUCCCAGAGGGAACCAAUGGAGUGGAGGAGAGAAUGGGUUUCAUCUGGGACAAGGCCGUGGCCAUAGGAAAGAUGGAUGAAAACCAGUUUGUGGCAAUAACAUCUACCAAUGCUGCUAAAAUCUUCAACUUGUACCCACGCAAAGGCCGGAUAGCGGUGGGCUCUGACGCUGAUAUUGUCAUCUGGGACCCUGACAGCGUCAAAACCAUCACUGCCAAACUCCAGCAGUCGGCUUCAGAAUACAACAUUUUUGAGGGUCUGGAGUGCCGUGGAGGUCCAGCGCUGGUGUUGAGUCAAGGUCGGGUGGUUUAUGAGGAAGGCAAGCUGCAGGUUCAGCAGGGUACCGGUCGAUUUAUUCCCCGCAAGCACUUCCCGGACCAUGCUUACCAGCGUGUUAAGUUCAGGGACCAGGUGAAGGGCAUGCAGGGCGUCACUCGUGGGAUGUAUGACGGCCCUGUGUAUGAUGUGGUCCCUACCCCCAAAUAUAUUACUCCCGCUCCGUCGGCCAAAUCAUCACCCACCUCUCACCAACCACCACCAAUACGCAAUCUUCACCAGUCCAACUUCAGUCUAUCAGGGGCACAGACUGAUGACAACAUCCCCCGUCGGUCUGGCCACCGUAUUGUAGCACCCCCCGGUGGUCGCUCCAACAUCACCAGCCUUGGUUGAAGACUUGACUGUGCACAAAGUGUGGUUGUUGUGGGGUUUCACCUCUUGAGUGUGUGUGAGUGUAUGUGUAUGACUAAGAGUGUGAGCACACUGGCAUGAAUGAAUACCUUUGUAUGUUUUGGUACAAUGGUGACACGCUCUUUUUAGACCAUUAUGAUUUUUAUCAGCUUGCCUUGAGUCCGUGGUCACAGAGGAGAAGCACAUUAAUACUUCCAUUUAAAAGAAGAGCGUGAGUUACAAUCAACCAAGUCAUGCAAAAAUAUGAAAAACUCACAGACUCAUGAUCGGAGCACUCACUAACUCACUCACUCACUCACACACACACACACACACACACACACACACACACACACACACACACACACACACACACACACACACACACACACAAACACACACACAGAUCCGGUGUUGGACCCCCUCCAAGCACCCAAAUGUGACUUCAGUGUUAUGUCAUAAUGUUGUUAUCUCCUUUUCCGUGAGCAUGACUUCCUUAUUCUUCCUCACAUCCCACGUCUUACUGUGUGGGUCUGCUCAGACAUGGUGCUCCUUUCCACCCAUCUGGUGGGCAGCUGAAGAAAUAACAGAUUUCUCCCGCAUCUGUUUUUCAACAUCUUGGCAAUAUUUGUUUCAAUGUGGCUCAAGUGGAUCAGUUAUACAUAUUGCAUGGAUAUGUCUUUAGAUGUUGCACUACUUGUGGUUUAUUGUUACAAUGGAGGAACACUGAAAAUUGUACUCAAGGCACAUUUGUAUUCAGCAGCACAAACUUAUUCUUAUACUGGUAAAUGUAUGCUUUGAACACAUACAGUAAGGACAGUCACUGUGGAUAGAGCCAGCUGUUACUAGGUUCAGAAUACAUUCAUUUAUUUUAACAUUACUGUGAACUUCAAUAAAAUCAAUGCAACUUCCUCUCCACCAUCAGAUACUACAUGCAAAUGUGUCAAUACUCUCCUCUAAAGUGUGAAAGUAGAUGAGCAGUUGAAACAAAUACAAAAAUAGCUGUCGACUGCAACAUUAAUUUCUAGAUUGUUGUACCUACAUAAUAGAGUUUCACAGUAAAGACUUUGAUGUGUGCGAUAGUUUUCUGCCAAUCAUUCAUGCCAGAAAUAGAUCUUUGUUGUAAUGACAUUCUCAACUCACUGCUGUAAAAGGGCUUCAGCUCCCACCCCUGCUCUUUAAAACUUCGUUAAGAAUCUUUAUAAGCUGUUUUUAUUUGAUUUAAUUGCUUCUGGAUGUUUUGUUGGUACCUUUAGUGUUUCUAUGCCGCUCUGUUUUGUUGCUGUUGUCUGGUGUCUCCAAUGGUACCCCAAAUGAUCAAUAAAAACUUGACUGUUGUCAAAAAUGGUAAAACAAACAUUCCUGAAAGUUUAAUACCAGUUUAACUAUAACUAAUAUUAUGUGUGGCUCUGACUGUAAUUGUGAUUCGGAACUUCAAGUCCUUUCUCAUGCCAUGUCUUUGUCUUUGUCUGCUGAAUUUCUCUGGCACACAAAUACAAGUUGAUUGCAAGUGCUUCAGUUAGGACAAUAUGGGUUCAACACAUGGCCACAGAGACAUACACAUCCUGGUGAGACACAAUUUUGUGAUGGUAAUCUUAAACAGGAUUUCAAUUCCAAGCAAUUCCACUCCAAUAAAAAUCUGUGUUGUGUUAA